AUGUCGGAUGGCUGGGAUGACAACGAAACUACCGCUCAGGUGAAGCCAAGCGGAGGCAACUCAGGAGGCUCAGGCUUCGGAGGAAAAUCUGCUGGAUUCGGAAGCGGUAAUACUGGAGGAGGUUUUGGUGCCAAAUCUGGUGGAACUGGUUUCGGUGGUGGAAGCGGAGGUGGAUUCGGUGGAAACUCAGGUGGAGGGUUCGGUAGCAACUCUGGUGGAUCAGGUUUCGGAGGAAAGUCGGGCGGAACCGGUUUCGGCGGUGGUAACUCAGGUGGCUCCGGUUUUGGAGGUGGAAACUCGGCAGGCACCGGAUUCGGUGGGGGAAACUCCAGUGGUUUCGGUGGCGGCGGUGGCUCAGGCUUCGGCGGUGGAAACUCUGGGUUCGGCGGUGAAUCUGGUGGAGGCGGUUAUAGCGGGGAGAGAAACAACAACUGCUUCAAUUGCCAACAACCAGGUCAUCAAUCUCGUGAUUGUCCGGAGCCACGCAAGCCAAGAGAAGGCGGUGCACCACGAAACUGUUACAACUGCAAUCAGCCGGGACAUCAAUCUCGUGAUUGCCCUGAAGAACGAAAACCACGUGAAAACAAAGCUGGUGGUGGUGGCUUUGGAGGAGGAAACGCAGGUUUCGGUGGAUCUGGAGGCUUUGGAGGAGGAAAUAAUGGUUUCGGAGGAGGAUUCGGUGGAAAUGACGAUGGCUUCGGAGGUGGUGGCGGCGGUUUCGGUGGAGAAACUGGAGGAUUCGGAGGCGGAGGAGAAGAGCGUGGACCAAUGAAAUGCUUCAACUGUCGUGGAGAAGGUCAUCGUUCUUCAGAUUGUCCAGAGCCACAACGUGGAUGCUUCAACUGCGGAGAACAAGGUCAUCGUUCAAAUGAAUGCACAAACCCACCAAAACCGAGAGAGGGAGGUGAAGGAGAAGCUCCAAAGGCCACAUAUGUUCCAGUUGAAGACAACAUGCAAGACGUUUUCGACAUGCAGAAGAUCUCGGAAGGACUUAUGUUCGACAAGUUUUUCGAUGCUGAUGUACAAGUCACUUCAUGUGGAAAGUCUGUCAAGCGAGCACCAUGCAAAACCUUCGCUGAAGCUAAAUUGAGUGAGACCAUGCAGAAAAAUGUUGAGCGCGCUGGUUACACCAAAACGACACCGAUUCAACAAUAUGCUCUUCCACUCAUUCGUGAUGGAAACGAUAUCAUGGCGUGUGCUCAGACCGGAUCUGGAAAGACUGCUGCUUUCCUUUUGCCGAUCAUGUCUCGUCUCAUGGACGAUAACGACUUGAACACAGCCGGAGAAGGUGGAUGUUAUCCACGCUGCAUAAUUCUGACUCCAACUCGUGAACUUGCGGACCAAAUUUACAACGAAGGACGAAAGUUUGCAUAUCAAACAAUGAUGGAGAUCAAACCGGUCUAUGGAGGUCUCGCUGUUAGCUACAACAAGAGCCAGAUCGAAAAGGGAUCGACUAUCAUUGUCGGAACUGUCGGAAGAAUCAAGCACUUCUGCGAAGAAGGAACCAUCAAACUCGAUAAAAUUCGCUUUUUCGUUUUGGAUGAAGCUGAUCGCAUGAUCGACGGAAUGGGAUUCGGUAAUGACAUCGAGACUAUUGUCAAUUAUGAAGGAAUGCCAAAGAAAGAGAAUCGUCAAACGCUCAUGUUCAGUGCUACUUUCCCAGAUGUUGUGCAAAAUUGUGCUAGUGCGUUCCUCAGAGAAAACUACACUAUGAUCACAAUUGAUAAGAUUGGAGCCGCAAAUAAGUGCGUCGUUCAAGAAUUCGAAUUGUGCGACAGAAGCGAAAAGAAGGAUAAGCUGCUUACCCUUCUCGGAAUCGACAUAGACAGUUACUCAACUGAGAAAACUGCGGAUGUCUAUACCAAGAAGACGAUUGUAUUCGUUUCUCAACGGGCGAUGGCCGAUACCUUGGCUGCUAUCUUGUCAAGUGCUCAAGUUCCCGCAAUUACAAUCCACGGUGCGCGCGAACAGAGAGAACGCUCCGAAGCUCUCCGACACUUCCGCAAUGGAACAAAACCAGUUCUCAUUGCUACCGCUGUUGCUGAGCGUGGUCUCGAUAUCAAAGGAGUAGAUCAUGUCAUCAACUAUGAUAUGCCGGAUAAUAUCGACGACUACAUCCAUCGCAUCGGAAGAACUGGACGAGUCGGUAACUCGGGAAGAGCUACUAGUUUCAUCCAAAACGACAGUCCACUGAUUCCGGAGCUUUUGAAAGUACUCGGUGACGCCGAACAAAUUGUUCCAGACUGGAUGCUCGAAUCUGCAGGAGGAAACUACGGAGCGUCUUCAUUCGGAGGACAUGUUCCAGCUCAACAGGAGGAAGAGGCUUGGUAG